AAACCCCCCUUGGCUAAUUAUCACCACAAGAAAAAUCUGAAAAAAUGACAAAAUUCAAUAAAUGAAUUUCAUCAAAAAAUAAAAUGAAAAAUUCAAUAAUUCCUUUAUCCAUUUUGGUAGGCGUUUGAUCAUAAUCAGCAUUUCACACCACCAUUGGAUAGCGUGCCCAAUUUCCCAUCUUUCCUUCUCCCUCUUUCUUCUUUUCUGAUCUGAGAUAAAAUUACAUUUCAAUUGUAUUAAAAUCAAAUCUGAAGCAAAAAGAAUUAAAAGAUUUCCAACUUUUACAAUCACCCAUUUGAAGAGAAGCUUCAGGAGAGCAUUAAUGGAGUCUCCAGCUCAACGUAGGUUGAAAGCUAUUCAAGCACAUCUUCUUCCCAUUUCCACCGAAGAUGAUCCAAACUCCAAUAUCACCCGCAGUCAAACUGCCGGAGAAUUUUACCAAGGUGAAACGUAUAGUGUAGUCCUUCCUGAAAAGUUACAGACAGGAAAGUGGAACGUGUACAGGUCUGCUCGGUCGCCCGUGAAGCUUGUCACUAGAUUUCCUGAACAUCCAGAGAUAGGGACAUUGCAUGAUAAUUUUGUACAUGCAGUCGACAGAUUCCCUGACUACAAAUACUUGGGUACAAGAGUGCGAGUGGAUGGAACAGUUGGAGAAUACAAGUGGAUGACUUAUGGAGAAGUUAGCAAUGCUCGCUCUGCUAUAGGAUCUGCUCUUCAGAACUAUGGUCUAUCAAAAGGCAUGAGUGUGGGACUUUAUUUUAUCAACAGACCAGAAUGGAUAGUGGUGGAUCAUGCCUGCUCCGCUUAUUCAUAUAUUUCAGUUCCCUUGUAUGAUACACUUGGUCCAGAUGCUGUUAAAUAUAUUGUAAAUCAUGCGGAAGUGCAGGCAAUCUUUUGUGUUCCAGAAACAUUGAAUUCUUUGUUGAGCUUUUUGUCAGAGAUUCCUACUGUGCGUGUUAUAGUGGUGGUAGGAGGGAUGGAUGAGCACUUGCCUUCACUUCCUCAGGCAGCAGGAGUUAAACUUAUAUCCUAUUCAAAGCUAUUAAACCAGGGCCGAGCAAGAUUACAGCCGUUGUCUCCUCCCACCCCUGAUGAUGUUGCCACAAUAUGUUAUACAAGUGGUACAACUGGUACACCAAAGGGAGUUGUAUUGACUCAUGGAAGUUUAAUUGCAAGUACUGCUGGUAUGAGUAUGCCCGUCAAAUUUUACCCCACUGAUGUUUAUAUAUCCUAUCUUCCAUUGGCGCACAUAUAUGAAAGAGCUAACCAGAUCAUGUCGGUCUACUAUGGUGUUGCUGUUGGCUUCUAUCAAGGGGACAACUUGAAACUGAUGGAUGAUCUGCUGGCAUUGCGACCAACCAUCUUUUGUAGUGUUCCUCGGCUCUACAACAGAAUAUAUGCAGGGAUUAUCAAUGCUGUAAAGACUUCUGGGUCUCUGAAAGAAAGGCUUUUCAAUGCUGCCUAUAAUUCGAAGAAGCAAGCCAUAAUGAAUGGAAGAAACCCAUCGCAAAUCUGGGACAAACUAGUAUUCAAUAAAAUUAAGGCCAAGCUUGGUGGCAGAGUUCGCUUUAUGAGUUCUGGUGCUUCACCAUUAUCCUCUGACGUCAUGGACUUUCUGAAAGUGUGUUUUGGUUGCCAAGUUAUUGAAGGAUAUGGUAUGACUGAGACCUCCUGUGUCAUAAGCUCAAUGGAAGAGGGAGACAACUUGUCAGGUCAUGUUGGUUCCCCUAAUCCUGCUUGUGAGGUGAAACUGGUCGAUGUUCCUGAAAUGAAUUACACAUCUGAGGAUCAGCCUUAUCCUCGCGGUGAAAUAUGUGUUCGAGGGCCCAUUGUUUUCAAAGGAUACUUCAAAGAUGAUGUGCAGACGAGAGAAGUAAUUGAUGAUGAUGGUUGGCUUUACACGGGAGAUAUUGGGUUGUGGUUACCUGGAGGCCGCCUCAAGAUAAUAGACAGGAAAAAAAAUAUUUUCAAAUUAGCUCAAGGAGAGUACAUAGCACCAGAGAAAAUUGAGAACGUAUAUGCCAAGUGCAGAUUCGUAGCACAAUGUUUUGUAUAUGGUGAUAGUUUAAAUUCCGCUUUGGUAGCAGUUGUCUCUGUCGAUCCAGAUGCAUUGAAGGACUGGGCUUCAGGGGAGGGAAUCAAGUAUGAAGAUUUAGGACAGCUGUGCCGACAUCCAAGAGCAAAGACUGCAGUUCUUGCUGAUAUGGAUGCUUUGGGAAGGGAGGCUGGGUUGAGAGGGUUUGAAUUCGUGAAAGCUGUUACCUUGAUACCUGAACCAUUUACUGUCGAAAAUGGUCUUCUCACUCCAACUCUAAAGGUAAAGAGGCCUCAAGCAAAGGUAUACUUUGAGAGAGAAAUAGGAGAAAUGUACGCAGUACUUUCAAAAGUCGACCCAACACAUCAAAAGUUGUGAUGCAAAUUGGUUCUGUGCAAGAAUUAUAAGGCAGCAGUUUGAUCAGGACGGUUACCUAUUGGGCGCAACUCAAUUGAUCUCGACAUGCAAUUGUUUGUCAGGGGAAAAAUAAGGGCAAAGUUGCUGUAUUAGGUUUCAUUUCAACCUAGUAGGAAUUCGUUUUAUUUGUUAUUUUGGUGCAGGCGUCCUCACUUUUCGAAAAAUAAAAACAGGUCUGUAUUAGCCGGUUUUUGUAAGGUGGUUGCUACUUGUUGAGGCUUGUUAUUUGAUGAACUUGUUACACGCCUGUUGUAAUAUGAUACAUAGAACUGUACAUGAUUUAUACAUAGUGGAAAUAUUACAGAACUUCUUAA